GCUCUUUUCUUUUCUUCACUUGGAACGUUCUAUUACAUCACCCCUCCCUCCUUUCAGGCGAGCCUGGAUCUCAGUGAGAGAGGAAGGAAAUCCUGUUUGUAUCCCCAGGCUGUGGCACUCACACGCAGAGGGACGAGGAGGCGAAGCUGGGUUCGAGGGCUGGCUUCUUUGCUGGCCUUGGGCACUGGAAUACUCUACAUCACAUCCAUUAAGCGGGAGGUUCAUUCUCAUGGGGAAAGACUGCAGAGGGCCCAUCAGAAUGACUCGGUCAGGGGUCAGGACAUGCUCAAGAGGCUGGAGAAGAUGGAGGCUCACAUUGAGAAGCUGGUGAAGUCAGUCAACAACAGGAUCAGUCUGAAAGAGGGGCAGGCUGUGAAGGCUACCGAGGUCAAGAAGGAGAGGAAGGUGGUGAAGAAGUUGUACCCCAACUCAGCUCUGUUUACAACCUGGGGUGAUGAGCUCUCAGAGGAGGAGCAGAAAGAGGCAGAAGGGUUGUUUCAGAUGUAUGGAUACAACGCCUUCCUGAGUGACAGACUACCCCUGAACAGGGAAAUCCCUGAUACUCGCGAUCCUAAGUGUGCUAAUCACCAGUACCCCCAUGACCUGCCCACCAUCAGCGUGGUGUUGAUCUACUUGGACGAGGCCCUGUCAAUCAUCAAGAGAGCUGUCCGCAGCAUCAUAGACAAGACCCCCCAACGCCUGCUUAAAGACAUCAUACUGGUGGAUGACCACAGCUCCAAUGAGGACCUAAAGGAGAAGUUGGAUGCCUACAUCAGAUUCAUCGAUGAAGAGCGUCCGGGCCUGUUGAAGAGAGUGAGACACCUGGAGCAGCUCGGUCUCACACAGGCCCGCCUCUCAGGGUGGAGGGAAGCUGAAGGAGACGUGGUGGCCAUCUUGGAUGCCCACAUAGAAGUCCACGUGGAAUGGGCGGAGCCUCUGUUAGCUCGGAUAAAGGAGGACCGCACGUUGGUGUUGACACCGGUGUUUGACAAAGUCCAUUUCGAUGACUUGACAGUCACGCGUUAUUGGCCUGCUGCAGAUGCCUUUGACUGGGCCCUGUGGUGUAUGUACGAGUCCUUCAGACCUGAGUGGUAUGCCUUAAAAGACGAGACACAGCCAGGAAAGAGCCCCUCCAUUAUGGGCAUACUAGUGGUUGAUCGCCUGUUCUUUGGGGAAAUUGGUGCUCUGGAUGGUGGUAUGAAGAUCUAUGGAGGUGAAAAUGUUGAACUGGGCAUCCAGGUGUGGCUGUGUGGUGGAAGUGUCGAGGUCAUACCUUGUUCUAAAAUAGCCCACAUCGAGAGGGCCCAUAAACCCUAUCUCCCAGACCUGAGCAUUACAAUGAAGAGGAAUGCUCUGAGAGUGGCUGAGGUCUGGAUGGAUGAAUACAAACAUAAUGUCAACAUCGCCUGGAACCUCCCACUGAAGGAUCACGGCAUAGACAUUGGGGAUGUUUCAGAGAGGAAGAAGUUGAGAAAGAGUCUGAACUGCAAACCCUUCCAGUGGUAUCUGGACAAUGUGUAUCCAAUGUUAGACCUCCUGGGUGACUUGCUUGGUUAUGGAGCUCUGGUCAAUGACCUGAAGACGGAUCUCUGUAUAGAUCAAGGCCCAGUUCCGGGGAACACACCUAUUUUAUAUGGAUGUCAUUAUUUUGGUCCACAGAACUGUUAUUAUCGAGCCAGCGGGGAGAUCUACAUUGGAGGCAUCAAGUCUCACAAGUACAACAGUAAUCGCUGUUUGAUGGACAUUGGCACUCAAACCCCAGGACUGUAUGAUUGCAAGGAGGCCAAGCAGAAGGGAUUCCACAUGCUCUGGGAAUUUCAACAGGGAAAAUCCAUCCAGAACAGACAGACAAAGAGAUGUCUGGAGAUUACUCCAGGGGAGGACACUUUCUACCAACUCAUCAUUCAGGAGUGCAGUGGGCAGCACUGGUUAAUACGGAAUGUGAUAAAAGACUUCUGAUACACUGAGAUAGUUAGGCCUACUGUACCAGAGACAAUACAGCGGGGCUGUAGGAGUUAUCAUCAUGCUUUGAAAAGCCAAUCAGUGGUCAGCAGUGAGAUGACUGUGUGAUCUUAGUGAGCUUUUGGUUGUACAUAGCUUCAUGGGGACAGAUUUACAUCAUUCACAGAAUGUGAAAUGCUAUUGAGCAAAGAAAGAAUAAAUAUGAUUCCUGUAUUUACACUCAUUUGUGGUUGGUUACUGAUUCACUGUAGAUUUUCACCAAAGAGGGUCAUAGAAUAUGUAUUUUUGUACAAACAUGAUAGCUGUACUUACAGUUUAUGGUUGACACAGCCUGUUGGCCAUUAGCCAAUCUGAGUUUCUCAACAAGUUGAAAGCAUGUGAAUGCAUUCAACUGAUAUUUACGACUUCACAACUGGUAAUUACCACCUUCCCACUUCUUUAUAAACAUAGCAGUAUCAUGAUGCUUUGAAAAGCCAAUCAGUGGUCAGCAGUGAGAUGACUGUGUGAUCUUAGUGAGCUGUUGGUUGGACAUAGCU